AUGACUUUUCCCUCGCAAGUCACUGCGACUACGGUCGAAUCUGCUCCCAAAAGUCCCACUCAAUACACGGUUAAAAUUAAUGCCAUGAGGUCUCUCACCCUUAGUUGGGAUGGAUGGGGCACAUCUCUUUGCUGGUGGGCUAACGCUUUCGGAGAACGUGAUGACAUUGCUGACGUUCUCUUUACGCUAGAAAAUAGCGUGUCUCUGAUAGGUGAAGUAUCCAAGCUCCCGGCGCUAGGGCUCAACAUUGUUCGCUACAACGUUGGUGGGUCAAGCAAGAAAGUGAUCGAUAAUGCCGGCACUGAAGUUGCGAUGAAAGUUCCUGAAAAAAUGGUGGAGUUCAAGUUCAUCGAAACAUUUUGGUUGAACUGGAUGAGUAACGACUCGAAAAGCGACAGUUUUGACUGGGAUUGCGACAAAAACCAGCGCAAGAUGCUCAAUUCGGCUGCCAAACGCGACGCUAAUAUUAUUGAGUUCUUUUCUAAUUCUCCACCAUGGUGGAUGUUGAUAAAUCAUGCUACUGCUGGUGGAGAAGAACCUAUGAAGGAUAAUUUGCAGAAAUGGAACCACGCCGCUUUUGCUUUCUACUUGGCGACUGUAGUGAAGCAGGCAAAGAAAGAGUGGGGUCAUCUUGUCGCGUCAGUAGAGCUGUUUAAUGAGCCGUCGAGUCCGUGGUGGGUGUUUCCAAAGCAGCAGGAGGGCUGUCAUUUUGAAAUUGAAACGCAAAAAACUGUUUUGCUUCAACUGCGUCAAUACCUGGACGAUUUCAAACUGAAGAAUGUUGUCAUUUCUGCUUCCGACGAAAAUUCGCCUGAAUUGGCGUUAUCGACUCUUUCCCUUAUGUCAAAAUAUUCAAAGGUGAUUGACGCUAUAGGAAAAGUAAACACGCACGGCUACGAUGGGAUAAAGCCAUACCGCGGUAAAGAACGAGAACCUUUGAGAAAUCUUGUUGGAACGUUAGGCAUAAAGAAAUUUUGGGACUCUGAAUAUGGAGACGCGGACAAAUCUGGAAUCCUUUUGGCUGAAUCAAUUGCGCUUGAUAUUAACGUGAUGGGCGUGUCAGGGUUUGUGUAUUGGCAAGCACUUGACGGUGGUAACUGGGGGUUAAUUGAGGCUGACGGAGUUGCAGGUACGAUUGGAUCACCAAAUACGAAGUACUUUGUGAUGGCACAAUACUCCCGUCACAUUCGACCCGGUAUGACCAUCCUCGCGACGGAUGAUGUAAAUACCGUCAUGGCCUACCACCAGGAAUCCGAAGUGCUGAUAUUGGUAACGGUAAACAUGGAGGAAGCGACUACGGCAGUUACGUUCGACCUGUCGGGUUUCCAAUUGGCACCUGGGCCAGUUACGGUUUGGACGACGGAGACGAGUGGAUUGGGUGCGCUGUACGAGAGGUCACAAUUUGAUCUGCCUGGCUUGUUAGUUACCGUGUCAAUCCCGGCAGCAUCAGUGAUGACAUUGGAGAUUGUAGGUGCUAGAAUAUAG